ACAGUAAUCGUAGCAACCAUCGCCGCUCAUCUACCGCCAGUAAUCUUGUCCCUAGCAGCUGUUGAGAACGAUUUUUGCUUCAUUCGAUCCCGUUUUCGUACGUAGACAGUCUCGUCUCAAUUGAAGUACCACCCUCGGUGGCGAAGGUGAGAGGAAAAUUCAAAAAAUAAUAUUAUAUCCCAUUUACGAUCCGUACAUUUGUCGUGCACACAGCGGCGGUCGAAUCAGUGCCGAGUGGCUCAGAAGCGAAAGGUCAUCUGAUCAGCAGCAGCGGCGGAGGUGUCGGUAGCGCAGGCAAACUUCCAAAUUGACAAUCUAUUACCCUCUGCCAGCACACUCGGCCAACCCAGACUAUCGGAUCCAAUCAGGCAGUCAGCCCAGCCCCGGAGUAACAGCCGAAACAUCUUCGCUGCCCCGGUGCGAUGCGGAAAACGAUGGCGCCCACCAGGUCCGUCCAUUUUAUUGAUAGUGAAACGAUUUCGAAGCAAAUAUUUACCCCGGCCCGGUACAAUCUGCCACUGUUUCUGUGCAAAAAGCUGAACGUUCGAUCGACUUCUGUCGAAAGGAAUACAAAACAACAAUGUACCAGAAAGCUCGAGCAGGCCUCACUGUUGCAGCGCAUGGCGAAAUAUCAUGUGAAUGAACUGACGAAAGACCGGCACAAAAAGAAGUCAUCACCAAUUACUCAACCCCAACCGCCCAGCUGCUCAGCUGUGCACACGCGCCGUCGAUGUAGUACGCACCGAUUUGCAUGGCCCGACUGUCCCAGACCGUUGCGUGAUGGGCGCAAGGAGUGGUGCCUACCACCGGGCAGAUAUCGAUUAGGUGGAAGUCUCGCAGAUUUAGCUAACCAAUCAACAGGUGGCGGCAGCAAAGCAGUACGGGACGGCCCCACUAAAGGUGGAUUCGGAUGCGGAGGCGCCACCGGCACGAACAGCAGCCAGCGCCACCCGGUGGACAUCAACACGAUCAACCUACCGGCCGAGAUGAAUAAGUUAUUGCAUCCGCGCAAAUACUUUGUCGGUAAAAUACGACCCGGUGAUCGCAUGACCGACCGUCCCACGCUGCGUUUGGCCCUAACUGAACCGACGGUUUGCUACCGCGAUCCGCACCAUCCCGGUCCCGGCAACUACGAUCCGGAAAAGCCACAACUCCCAUCACGUCCCGGACAAGCGGUCAACAAGCAGCGCCCUCUUCCGCCGUGCUGCUACACGUACGAUCUAUACUGCCGGGAGCCAUUCUUCCGUCCACCUCCGGGCCGGUACGACAUCCGUGACGCGCUGCCACCACACGCUUCCGACCAAUCACAGCCAAUCACGGUACAACCGAUCCCACCGAUACGGUACGGCAAGGCAACGAUUCGUUUGAACUCGAUCGACAUUCCCGUCCGACCCCGGAAGGGACGCCGUAACAUGAAGGUGGCAUUUCUGAGCGGAACUGCCCGGUUUCGGGAUCGCGACUUUAUGCCUAUCGGUGGGCUGGGCAAAGCGACGCCAGCAGGAGGAAGUUUCACUGGCAAGCGCCUGGAAAAGCAGCAGGAGAAAACACCAGCAGCAACAUCAACAUCAAAGAGAUCAGCCAGUCCGCUGCUCGCACCAACCUCACCACCUCGAGACUGGCUGGAAGGGGCAGAGCGUGUAUCAACCGGCGGAGAGCGGAGUGCUACACCAAGGUCGUCACAAGUCGAACAGGUGGAAGGCCAGCUGGAAGGGGAGGAUACCGUCGAGGAUAAAGCGGAACGAGCUGGAGUAAGUGAGGAUUUGAUUGAAGUGCUUGUCACAUACGGGAUCAGCCGGGGAGACCUGCCACCAUUGUCCAGGCACAAGAUACCGACGAAAUUCUUCACAGUUCCUAAACUAGCUCGUACGGGACCGGUGGCAUUGGUUUAACCAAACAAUCGUGCUCGUGCUUUAUAUUUUUCGAAUCCUAAAUUUAAAUUCAUGUGAGCUGGUCGUUACUAUCACGUUUAAUGCA